UGAUCCCCACUCCACUGGCCUUCCACGUGGUGAGCUGCACAGCUGCCUAAGUACUUCGAUUUCGAGUGUAUUUGUCAUACACGCAACGCCGAUAGCACCUGGGCGCUGCUCUCCCGAAAUUCCUCGGCAAAAGUCAACAAACUACCGGUGAAAAGAUGGUGCUCGAUCUGGACCUCUUCCGCGAGGACAAGGGCUUCGACCCGAAAAAGGUGCGCGAAAACCAGGAGAAGCGCUUCAAGGAUGUCGGUCUCGUUGACACGGUCAUCGAGAAGGACAAGCUCUGGAGACAGCUGCGGCAUCGCGCCGAUAAUCUCAACAAACUCAAGAACCUCUGCAGCAAGGUCAUUGGCGAGAAGAUGAAGAAGAAGGAGCCGGUCGGCGACGACGACAGCGUGCCCCAGUCCAUUGCCGACGAUCUCGACGCUCAGGUUACCUCGGAUAACCUCAAAGCGCUCACUGUCACCCAGAUCAAGAGGAUCCGCACACUCAUCGACGAGGCCAUUGCUGGCAACGACCAGGAUCUCGUUAAGACCGAGGCCCAGAGGAACAGUGCUCUCCGAGAAGUCGGCAACCACCUGCACCAGUCUGUGCCCGUCAGCAAUGAUGAGGAGGAAAACAAGGUUGAAAGAACAUUUGGGGAUACUACUCAGAGGAAAAAGUAUUCACACGUAGAUCUCAUACACAUGAUAGAUGGUAUGGAUGGAGAGAGAGGUGCUGCAGUAUCAGGAGGCAGAGGGUACUUCCUGACAGGAGCAGCAGUUUUCUUGGAGCAUGCUUUGAUACAGCUGGCUCUCAGGAAAUUGUUUGAUAAAGGUUACAAACCCCUCUACACUCCAUUUUUUAUGAGAAAAGAUGCAAUGCAGGAAGUUGCACAACUUUCUCAGUUUGAUGAAGAAUUGUACAAAGUAAUUGGAAAAGGCAGUGAAAAAGGUGAUGAAAAAGAAUUAGAGGAGAAGUACCUGAUUGCAACAUCAGAGCAACCUAUUGCCGCAUAUCAUAGGGGUGAAUGGAUUCCUGAGGCCACACUACCCAUCAGAUAUGCAGGACUUUCAACAUGUUUCAGACAAGAAGUUGGUUCUCACGGACGAGAUACAAGAGGAAUAUUCAGAGUUCACCAAUUUGAGAAGGUAGAACAGUUUUGCCUUACAUCUCCUCAUGAUAACAAGUCAUGGGAAAUGAUGGAGGAAAUGAUAAGGAACGCGGAGGACUUCUAUCAGGAAUUAAAUAUACCAUAUAGAAUUGUAAACAUUGUAUCUGGUGCUCUGAAUCAUGCAGCUUCAAAAAAGCUUGAUUUGGAAGCAUGGUUCCCUGGUUCAGGUGCAUUCAGAGAACUUGUAUCAUGCAGUAAUUGCUUAGACUAUCAAGCUAGGAGAUUAUUAGUCAGAUACGGUCAAACUAAAAAGAUGAAUGCUUCAACGGAUUAUGUUCAUAUGUUGAAUGCUACUAUGUGUGCUGUAACAAGAGUUAUCUGUGCUGUAUUAGAAAUUAACCAAACAGAGACUGGAAUCAAAGUACCCAAAGCCAUAGCUCAAUUUAUGCCUACACAAUAUCAAGAGGAAAUACCCUUUGUCAAGCCAGCACCAAUUGAUGAAGUAGAAAUCAAGAAACAGAAAAAGCAAAAGGAAAAUAUGAACAAAUAAUUUGGAUAAUUAUUUCAAUAAAAUAAUUUGUGAAAAUGCAUUUUCAAUUUUCUAAGCAGUGAGCAAUAUUAAUUAAUUUAUUUUUGCUUCUUUUGUAAAGAUUAUAUUUUACUAGGAGGGAUUAUACAUACUUAUUAAAUGUAUAGAUUUUAAAAAAUUUUUUAUUAAAAUUAAAUCUUAAGAAGUAAAAUGACUUUGUUAUGGGUAGAAAUUUUUACAAAUAAUUAAACAAUCACGUUCCUUCA